AAAGUUUAUAUUAUAAAAAAAGUGUUUAUUUUCAAGUGAAUUUUUUAAAUUUUACAAAUAAAAACAAUCAUGUCUGAUACCGCUGUCGUUGAAACCGCCGCUUCCCCAGUAGCUGCUCCAGUUGCCGAGAAAAAAGCAAAGAAAGCUGCAGGCGCCAAGGCCAAAAAACCAUCCAGUGUUCCUACUCAUCCACCAACCCAACAAAUGGUAGAUGCUGCCAUCAAAACAUUGAAGGAACGUGGUGGUUCAUCCCUUCCAGCCAUUAAGAAAUACCUUACCAGCACUUAUAAGGUAGAUGCUCAAAAAUUGGCUCCAUUCAUCAAGAAAUAUUUGAAGAGUGCUGUAACCAGUGGAAAAUUAAUCCAAACUAAAGGUAAGGGUGCUUCUGGUUCAUUCAAAUUGUCAGCUGCUGCUACAAAAGAACCAAAAGCAAAGAAGCCUGCUGCUGAAAAGAAGGCUGCUGCCGGAGAUAAGAAAAAGAAGGUCGCCGCUACUAAAAAGGCUACCCCUGCUGCUAAGAAAGCAACUGCCACCAAAAAGACAGCUGAAAAGAAGAAGGCAGAAAAAGCCAAGGCAAAAACUGCCAAAAAGACUGGUACAGUUAAGGCAAAACCCGCAAAAAAGGCACCAGCAACUAAACCAAAAGCACCCAAAGCCAAGAGUGCCGUCGCUGCUAAACCCAAAAAGGCUGCUCCAGCUAAAAAAGCAGCUGCCAAAAAGACUGCCGCCAAGAAGUAAAUAUUCCACCCCUCUUCAAAGAACAAAUUAUUUUUCGAUAUUCGAAAAAAAGAUUUAUUUCUAUAAUAUUAAAAAGCCCUUUUCAGGGCUA